AUUUACGCUUUGAUUAUGAAAACCAUACAAAACGUGAAGAUAAUUAAGCAAAUGAUGAAAAGCAUGAGCGAUGCCAACGAUGGUAACGAUCACUCCAUCGAUGAGUUCUUAACGCAGAUUCUGAUCGCGGAUCUAAUGUUUGGCAAAAAACUGGUCGGACUUAAAGACGUGCCACAAGUCAGACAUAUUGUCUCAUUUCACGACAAGUUUACACAUAUAUUAAAAAAUUUUAAGGGAAGCCGUGGAUCAGACCGUAAGGCAGGCGUACGUUAUAUUCGCGUUAAUCUCAUUAAAACUAAUAUUAAAAAAGUAAUCAACAAACUCGUGAAGAAUGGCUUUAAACAAAUAGAUUACAACAAAUGUGACAUAACUUUUGACGAAUUUAAAGAACUGGCG